AUGGCCUCCAAUGCAGUUGCGAAAGCUAAACAAACCCUCCAGUCUACCGGUAUAUGGGAGCGCAUCCGGCGCGCCUUUGCUGUCGACCCGAACCGCUCGAACGGUAUCCCGCUUAACCCAUACUACCGAAACCCGACGCCGGGUGGCCAGGACCCGUUAAACUACGAUGAUCCGGUGACGAUACCGGCGGGUGACAUCGCGGACAACCCGUACUGGAAGCGGGAUUCGCGGCGCGCGUACCCGAAGCUGAGCUUCGUCACGCAGGGCGACGCCGUGGCCCUGCUUACCGUCGGCAGCGCCGCCGCCCCCAAGCAGGAACUCAUCGGCGAGGCGGGCCAGAAGCAGCUCGUCGCCGCGAAGGAGGACGGCAAGACGGGCGGCCUUGCGGCGUACUUUGAGAAGAGCAAGGAUGCGGCUAGGCAGACCUUGUUCGUGAACGGGCUGCCGCCGCUGCCGAGCGGUGAGAGGAAGCAGAGUGAUGGUACCUGGAAGGUGCAUGACUACGCGCUGAAUGAGAACUCGUACCCUGAAUCAUACCCUUGCCGGAGUUUCAAAUAG